AGCUCGCACGUGUGCUUCAACCUUAGAAGAGAAGCACGCGUGUGGUGGGCGACUCCUUACAAGGCUACUGCGUCCGCGUCAACAGUCGCGAGCUCGCGAUCCGCCUUAAACGGUCACCUUCAUAAACAUCACAGGCUUGUAAACACAUGACAGGCCUGGCACCGGUCAACGUUAAGCUUGCUCCCGAAGCUUCCCUUCAUGGUAUAUCAAUAUACAGGACUACUGGCACCGGUCAACGUUAAACUUGCUCCACUUGGUGGUACAUGUGUAAAUACACAAGCUUGUCACCGGUCAACGUUAACCUUGCUCCCGGAGCUUCCCUUCAUGGCAUAUAAAUAUACAAGCAGCUGCAGUCACUUCUACCCCCUUGUCUAAAAUGUCCGUCACAUCACUAGUCAUGUCGUCCCUCCUCGGGGUGUCCUACGUUAACCCGAUGAACUUUUUCCAGAGCCUUGAUGGCUCAGGAUGCGGAACUUCUGGUCCCAUAUCGUGCCAGGAUGCGAACACGCCCCCCGCCGCAAAUACCUGCUGUUUUGAGAGUCCUGGAGGCCUGAUUUUGCAGACACAAGUUUGGGACACAGAUGUCGCUGGUAGUCCUGAGGAUAGUUGGACCAUUCAUGGUCUGUGGCCUGAUAACUGCGACGGCAGUUACAUUGAGAACUGCGAUCCCUCUCGUGAUUACACGGAUAUCGCCGGGCUACUCGAAUCCCAGGGUGCAUCAUCUACAUUGGAUUUCAUGCAACAGUAUUGGCUCAACGAUGAUGGAACUAAUGAGAAAUUCUGGGAGCACGAGUGGGCUACACACGGCACAUGCUAUAGCACACUGGAUGUUGAUUGCCUUCCCAGCGGCAGCCCUACGGGCGCCGAGGCUGUGGCAUUCUUUGAGACUGUGGUGAGGGUCUUCAAGACCCUCCCCACGUACGACUGGCUUGCUCAGGCAGGCAUCACUCCGUCAUCUGACCAGACUUAUUCGCUUUCGUCCAUGUUGUCGGCUCUCCAAGAUGCCUCUGGAUACAUUCCAGCUUUGAGCUGCUCUCGAUCGGGCACACUCAGCUCGAUCAGCUGGUACUUUAAUCUCCAGGGCUCUAUCAUUGAUGGCGAGUUCGUCCCGAUAGACAACCCUAAGGAUUCUUCUUGUCCCUCGAGUGGUAUCCGGUACCUUCCCAAAGAAGGAUAAUACCGACGGGCAAAAUAGAGAAGUGCGCUCUGAUGUACCAAGCAAAAUCUAUAAUUGUACAUGGCUUCGGACUUCAAUUGUGUCGAUAGACUAUCUAGUAAUAACAUGCC